AUGCCCAAGUCAAAACGUUCAAAACUCGUGUCUCUUACAAACGUCUCGAAAAAGACGAGGGAGCAUAAAAAUGCACUGUUGGCCGAGGUACAACAAAAUGCUGAAAAAUGGAAAUACUGCUGGCUGUUUGAAGUCGGCGCGAUGCGCAAUGCCCAUCUAAAAACUGUGCGGAAACUAUGGAAAGAUUCAGCACGGAUAUUCUUCGGUCGAGGAGCAGUAAUGGCCAAAGCCCUAGGCACGACAGUAGAAGAAGAGCAUCGAAUGGGACUCCACAAACUGGCCCAACAAAUAAAAGGCCAGGUAGGAUUGUUUUUCACGGAUUCAGAACCUCAAGAAGUGAUCGAGUGGUUCGACGAUUUCAAACAAGCGGAUUACGCGCGAACGGGAAACAAAGCUACGCGAACGGUGAUGCUACCUGUAGGACCUGUGAUGCGGGUACACUCGGACCCGCCUGAGCCGUUCCCGCAUAAUGAGGACCCGCAGCUCCGGAAGCUGGGUCUCACGACGUCGAUGAAGCGGGGUGUACCAACGCUUGAAAAUCCUCAUCGGGUGUGUGAUAAGGGGAAGGCUUUGACGGGCGAGCAGGCGCAGCUACUCAAACUUCUUGGUGAGAAGUUAGUGGUGUUUAGGGUUGGGUUGUUGGCAAGGUGGGAUGCUGCCAGCGGGGAGGUUGUUCAAGUUGAGGGUAGAUGUACGGAGAUAGAACAGGAAGGUGAUGAGGAUCUUGAAGAUGAGGAGAUGAGCGAGUAG